CGACUGAGAUGACGAUGAGUACAUGCGAUGAUGGGUGGUGGAUUGCACGCCUUGGAUGUCUUGUAUGUAUAAAGGGGGACGCAUCUGCUGGGCUUUUGAGCUGUUUAAGCUAGUUGUUAGCAAAACUUUUAUCCAAAAAGGUUACGAUUCCCAACUUCGCAGGGACGGUACAUUCGCUUAACUUCGACUGAUUCGUUAAAUUCGAAUUUUCUGAAAAAGACAAUUUUUGGGCCCCGACAAGUGCCAAACGUUCAAUCGCUAACAGAUUGGUCGGCUUACUAGUGUACGACGUGAAACUACGCUCGUCUAGGGAUUUUCUACUCUACAGGGAUUGACAAGACUCGUGCAAUUGCAGUAACACUUGAAAGCAAUUGAGAAAAAAAAAAUAGCAAUUGUCCGCAGAACAAUUCCAAAAAUCACAUUUUUUGAAUUUCCAUUGGGUUUUAUCAUCCUUACAUUCAUUACUUAUACCGAUUCGUGGUUCAUUCACUCUCUCCAACAAAAAUGAUUUCUUCGUAUUCUUCCUCCCAACCGGUUUCUAUUCCCAAAUUGCCUGCAGAACUUAUACGCCAUGUGAUGCAUUACAUGCCUGCCAUGGAUGUGUUUCGGACAGGAAAAUGCUUCUCUUCUUACUUGGUUGCUUGUGCAUCAGAUAUCAUCCAACGUCGUCUUUCCUUUAUCGAUGAUUACUCGCUGGUCUGCUCAGCUAAAAAUGUGUUCGCUACCGAAGAGGCGUGCUCCUUUACCGCUCGUCGAAACAAUGCUUUGCUUGAUUACGAAGGCUAUUCCGUUUUCGAGCUGGACGGUAACUCGGACACUGGAAACGGUGCUCUUCGUCUCACUUUCGAUUCCGACGAUGAUUUUCUGCCAUUUGUUGAAGACGCCGAAGACGCCGUUUUACCUUUUAUGAACCUCCGUAUUCACAUGUCGCUCAUGUGUCUUAAACAAGACAAAAACGUUCGUCGCGCGAUUUUUCCCUGCCUCCAAACACACGUCAGAGUGAAGCGCUCUCAAUUGGACGACUUCUUCCUUGCCAACCGGCCGGAUACUUUGUGGUUGAGUCCCCUGCAAUCACACAACAUUGGUUUGAUCGUUGAACCGGUGGACAGUGCACCUGGUAAAUACGUCCUCAACGUCUCGUCUGUCCUCGUCCGCAACGACUACCUCUUAAGCCGCAUUGAAUGUGACCUGCGGUAGACUUCAAAUGCAGCAGUGGUGCUCUUUCACACUCUCUGAGCCAACAAUUCCCCCUUUUUCGUUCAUCUAGUUGCUGCUUUUCUAGUUACCGUCAUUCUUGCUUCUUCAUCCCACCUACUCAACCCACAUAUGCUCCGCGUCUCCUUCUCCCUUCUCCAUCUGUCCGUGUUCUGUUUAUAUUUCUCUUACGGUCAUGCAUCAUACGUACGCUUAUUUUUCUUGUUAUUACUUA